CCGCGCAUUGUAAAGUCUAAAUUCUUAUUUCAACUAAAAGUGUUCUCAAAUUAAACUAGUGAUUCUUGAAUAGUUUCUUGUAUUAUUGCCUCUCUCGGAUUAUCGUGGAAUGAACCGAUAAGUGAUCUAUUAACAGUGACCUGUUUCUAUCCCUUCUGAAUUAUAGUAAAGGGAUUUUCCCGACAUCAUCGUCUUCUAUUGUGGAGAGGGACGAGUCGGAGGACGUGCAAGUAAAGCUCUAGUUUCAUCGGGAUUUCAUCUUCAAGACAAGGAUCAUGGUCGUCGCUUCCGGAGCCUACAUCUGGGCUCAGUUUAAGAGCUAACUAAAUAUUUUUUCAUGUGACAUGUCCGAUCAGAAGAAUUUGAAAAAUUCUCUAAUAAUGGAAGAGUAUUCUACUCAACCAACUAGGGGUAUAAUCGAUUUUAUAAUUUUGGAGUGUGCGCAAUACGACUACUGCCUUGCGACUGCUCUGUAAAGGACGACGAUGGUCCUGCACGAAAAUUCUAAGAAAAACAAAUCCUCGGUAACAAUCAUGCCAUGUAGAGUGUUUUUCUCUUAAGCUACAAAAAGGAGUUAAAAAUGAGCCCUGGAUUUGGCCAUGAUCCUCUUCCAGCGUAUAAUAUCACAUCAUUGGGAAGUACUGGCUUAUGUCUUUGGCAACAACCACAACAUAUCCUUUUUCAACUCGCAAAUUUAUGUUUUGUGUUAUCAUACUCGGCACCAUCUUCAAAGAAAGGCAUACUUUUUAUGCACUCUGUUCUUAUCAUAGGAUUUAUGUUACUAUCUGGUUGGGCAUGGCAUGUUAUUUGUGCUCCUGAUAUUUUUUCCUGGAACUUUGGUUUUCUUGUAUUGAAUAUUGCACAGCUCGUUUAUAUUGUAUAUCAAAUGAGACCUGUCAGAUUUGACCAAGAGCUUGAGGAGGUUUAUCACACUUUGUUUUAUCCUUUUAAGGUGACUCGUUUGCAAUUCAAGAGAUUGGUAUCUUCUGAAUUUGCAACUAUAAUGUCCUUACAUGCAGGAGAGGCUUAUGCAAUGCAAAAUUUAACAAAAACGGAUAGACUUGGCCUCUUGUUGAGUGGGAAAGUGAAUGUUCUUAGUGAAUCAAAUUUUUUACAUCCUAUUUUGCCCUGUGAAUUUCUAGAUUCACCGGAAUUUGAAAGUUCUCGAGCUUCUGUCGACGACAAAUUCAAAGUUUCUAUUGUGGCUGCAAGUUCAUGUAGAUAUUUGUACUGGCAAAGAACAGCUUUGGAAUAUCUUCUUGUCAAAGAAACUUAUUUAGCAACGGUUUUGACAACUUUAGUAGCGAGAGAUAUUGCUACAAAAUUAUACGCUAUGAAUAAUAAGAUAGUUACAGACAAGGGUUCUCAUUUGGAUAUAAGACUUCCAACGAUCAGUGCCGGCUUAGGGAUUUCUGGUGAAUAUAGAAGUCCAAGAACAUCUAGACAAGCUUUGAUUCGCCGAAAAGAAUCUCAGUUAGCUUCCAAUCAUGCUGGUGCAAAGUCAAAAGAACGACCGGCUAACAACCUGGCAAAAAUAGGUGCUCCCAAUAUGGAGCCAUUGCCAGAAUUACCAUCGUGCGAUGAUUUAGCUUCAAGUGGUGUCGAGAGUUGGUUAGAUUCCUCAAGCAAAUAUCACAGUUGCGAAAUUGUGGACGAAGAAUAAAGUAAGAAAAAAUUGGAUGUUAUUUUAGGUCCAGAUUUUGCACCUGGAUCUUUAGAAAAUUCCAGGUCAAAAUUCCUUUGAUGUUUGUAUCGAUGACAUUGAUAUUGUGCAAAUUUGGAUAAUGAAUUAAAUUGUAAGAAUAGAACCGGAAUUUA